GGAACCAGUUCCAAACCAGUUUAGGCAAAACAAAAAUCACCCGGACCACAGAAAAUAAAAAAUAUUACGCGGAAACUAAUUGAUCGCAUUAUGCAUACACUGUACGCGCUGCUUAAGAACAAGCUAAGCGAUGUGCACCCGCUGCACAACAUCGAUUUGGAGCGGGACGUAGCCUAUUUGAAGGCGCUGGUCACCAAGGAGAUGCAGCUGCAGUUCGACGCCAGCGAACUGGAGAUCAUCCACCACGGACGCGUUUUAGAGGAUGCGGACACCCUCAGCCGGUCAUUGCAGCCCAACGCCGUGAUUCACUGCUUUCGGAAGACCAAACGCUACACGCCAUAUGUGCCGCCAGCGGCUUCUGAGAUUAACACAAAGCAUAUCCAGGAGCUGUUUUCGCUGACUUCCCACCUCCAGAUCAGUGUGACCUCUCGGUUCAACAUCUUGCAAAAGAUACUCGCAGAGUAUCCUGAGUUUAGACGCAAUUUGGGCGCCCAAGCCCUGAUCCGUGAUUCGGUGCUGUUCAAUAUGCUCCACGAGCCGGAGGUAGUACAGAAUCUAGUCAAAGAUUAUCCUCUUAUAUGCGAGGCGGCCCCUUUUAUUGUGGACACCAUUCGCAAGGAACUUGCUAGGAACAGCUCGGCCACCCAGUUCCAAGAACAGGCCGCUUCAGAGUCGACAACUUCGUCUGAGGAGGAGAACUCCUUAGGAGCUGGCAGCAGCAGCAGUGGUGGAAGCAGUAGCACAGCCGUGGCAGCUGCAGCAGCCGCCAAUCGUCGCGAUGAGAUGGCCAACAUUCGACAGAUUAGUCGCCAGCAACUCGCCAACGCAUUAGCCAACGUCACUUCGUUCAAUUCGCUGUCGAAUAUUGCCCAGCGAAACGCGGACGAGGCCCUGCAAGGUGAUGAGAGGCCGAGAACGACUUCCGCGCCACUAGCAGGCGUUGGAGGAACAUCGGGAACGGUGGCAGGAAGCAGUGCAGCCAGUAGCAGCGGCUCCAUCUCCUCAGAACUGUUCCGCAAUGAGCUGGCCCGGGCUUUUCAAGCCUUGGCACAGCAGCAUCCACCUCCGGUGGAGAGCAUGGAGGUAGAGUCCGGAGGAGCUCCAGCUGCUGAAGCAGUCCCCGCAGUACCAGCAGACGAUGUAGAUGACGAGGAUGACGGAGGUGAUGACAGCGAUGUGUUGCCCCGUUGCUACCGCCGACAUCGUUUUACAGAACAGCUGCGUACCAUGGCCGCAAUGGGUUUUAUCAAUCACUCGCAAAACGUCAACUUUCUGACCCUAUCGGAUGGGAACGUGGAGCACGCCAUUAAUCUUUUAAUGCUGGAAAAUUAGACCACUCCUGCCUUCCUUGGGUCUUCCAAGAACUUAAUGUCUUGGCAUUAAUUGACUUACUAGCCAACUAACUUUGCUUAUUUUACGGACUUAUAUUUAUUCUGCUGCCGAGGAUUCUGAAGCAUACAACUCCCAACUUAAGCAAGGAAUAUCUCACGAGAACUUGUAAUAAUAAAAAUACAUUUAGAGGA